AUCUCGGGAGGAAAAGGCGCAGAGGAGGCGGCCAGACGAGGGAUUUAAAGGCCACCACAGCACACAGGGGCAGCGCGAUCCCCUCGCCAGUGAGGACGGCCGCCCAGCCGAGCGCCUAUAUCCCGUGGCAAAAUCCCCGUCCCUUUACCCCCAAAGAGCGACUGGCAGCGUGCAAGAGCCGUUCCUCUGCCCAGGCCAAGAGCAGCAUCAAGAGGCGAGGAGCGGGGAGGCCCAAGAGGCAAGAGGAGAGAGAGAAGAGGAGGAGGAGGCGCGUGCGUGUGCUUCCUUCCCUCCGCCAUCUUCCGGACAUCUGCCUCUCAUCCGAACACCCUCCCUUUUUUUUUUUUUUUGUAAAUGUCUCGCCCAAAUAUCUGGUGGUGUGCGGGGACAGGUCGUGGCGAUUUUCCUCGGGUGAGAAAGUAGCGGUUGGCCGGGGCCGAGGCGGGGCGCGAGGGCGAGAGGCGCCGCGGCCGCCCGUGGUCAGAGCAAACAUGGCCUCCUCCAGCAGAGGAAUACAAAUCGGGUCGGCGUGGUUUCAGAGAAAAAUCAAGCUCCGGCCGCAGCACAGAGGAAUCCAUUUAGUUACGGACGAGAUACUGAAGGAAAUUCCAGAACUCAGGCAAUUUUCCGUAGGCCUACUACACGUACAGAUCCUCCACACAUCUGCCAGUUUAGCACUAAAUGAAAACUGGGACCCCUAUGUCAGAGAUGACAUGGAGAUGAUGCUCAACAAAAUAGUGCCUGAGGGGAUGCCUUACCGACAUUCCUGUGAAGGCCCCGAUGAUAUGCCAGCCCACGUCAAGGCCUGUUUCAUAGGUUCCUCUCUUACACUACCAGUUUCAGAAGGCAAACUCAACCUGGGAACUUGGCAGGGUAUAUGGUUAUGUGAACAUAGGAAUGAUGCUGGUCCUAGGAAGAUUGUUGUAACCAUAAAUGGGUGCUUGCGAGAUGGACGUACUCCAGUCUCCCCAAUGUCCCCAAUGGCAUCAACAAGCAGCUAGAAACACCCAACUGUGUGGCAUCAUUGGGUGCCUAGUGUGUUGUGUUCUCAUUGGCCAUGAACGCUACCAAAUGUGGUUGGCGAUUGGCCAAAACCAGUUUGUCGUGUCUCACUUCGUCAGCCAAUACAAACCCAAUUUCUUUGCCCCACUGUGUCCCAUUCCACCGUGUUGCCAUUUUUCAAACAAGUGUACUCAGCCUUUAUACUCACUCUUUUCUUUUUUCAUAGUUGAGCUUUAAUAGCUCACUUUUUUCUGUGAUCACACCUUUUUGCUUGUGCUCAUAAAUCAUAUAUCCUUUGAUUUAUAUCUUAUAUUGUCAUAAUUUGAUCAUUUGAUUAGUGACUCUUUUAAUGGUAUUAUCUGUCUUUAAAACAAAAUUCACUCACCUCCUUUCUUGCACCCCCAUCUUCCUGCAAGGUCUUCCGUCUGAUAUCUUCUCUAUAUUCUCUUCCUAGGCUGUGCACUCUUCUCUUCCUUGCUAAUAGGCCAAGUUACUGCAGUGCUGGGGAGAUGUAAGCACACACUGGUACAAACCUGUAAAGAAGUAAUAUUAAUGUGGAUUAUUAUUAUUCUUCAGUGAAGGAUAAUAUAAUGCAAAACAAACCACAGCAGUUUUCAGUUGUGAGUGAUUUUUCAUACUUUUUUGAAACUAGUGUAUAUCAAUUACAUUCUGUAGCCGUCAAGCUUCAGCUGUUCAAGCCUAUAGCACAGAAUGUCUUAUGGGGCCCAAGGGAGUUGAAGAUUUCAGAUUUGAUGGAAGACAGGACUCCCAUUGAAGACCUGUUUACGCCCCGCAUAUCAGCAGAGACGGCAACUUUAGGGUGUGCAUCAGGUUUCUAUUUCAUCUGCCAACUCUGGGCACCAGCAGAAACAGAGUGGUCAGAUAGACAUUCGUGGACCUUACAAAGUCUUUCCAUAGAGGAUAUUUUUAAUUGUCAUUGCUGGGAAAAUGAGCCAUGUGGAAAUUAAGGUUCAGAGUCUAUGAUCCCACUGAUAAUGGUCCUGGUGAAUAUAUAGUGAUUUUACCCUGAAACAGAAAAUCUGAUUAUGGUCAGAGUUUGUGGUAUCCUUUAACAGCAAAAGCUGCAGUUAUUUGUGUGUAACACAUAAGAUUAAAGAUUUUGUUAAAUCACAUGAAUAAACCCUGUAUUUGUGUGUAUGUUUGGAAUACAAGAAUGUAUGCAGUUUAUGUGUGUUAGUGAGAGUAAUGUGUAAGAAAUUUGUUAAAUGUUGACAUGAAAUUAAUGAAUUUGAAAGUCUGGCAUAUCAAGAUGAAAGAAGAUUCAUGCAUAGAUACAGUAGUAUGUAUAGGGAUAAUGUGAUAAAACAAAUAUCACCUGAAAAAAGGAGAUUGUUUUGAAAACAUGAAGACCUAUCAAGAUUGUUUGAAAAAGGAAUGCUGUUAGUGGAUAGGAGAUGGUAAUUCUCCAUGCUCUGCAUCUUUAUUUCAGUUUCCCCAGCUGUAUGCAAUGCAGACUUAAUUCCUGUGCCAUGGGAAAGAAGAAUUUAUGCAUACAGCAUGAGGGAAUUCUGCUGUUAUACAUUUCUUUAGAGAUUCAUCAGAUAUUAUCCUCCCAGAAUGAUGGCAUUGCUACUUCUUAUCUUUGAUUCAGAAAAGAAUUAGAUAACUGGCAAAGGAUACUUGUUAUUCUUAUAAAUGACUUGGUCAUCAAUUCUGAGUUUGGCCAAUAUCAGAAGGAUUUGAACUUCAUUUUUAAAAAUGAUUAGUAACUUUUUGGAAUAUGACCAAUCUCAAAACAGGAAACUGGAUUCUGACUUCAAAGUUAUUCUAACAGAGAAGCCAGUAAUUGAUCUAGCGUCAAGUCAGUGUUUGAUCAAGUCACUUAAUAGCCAGUCUUUAAUUGGUAGCUGCCUCCCUCUUGCUGUAUGUAGGAGUAUUUGGGCCUUUUUAUUAUUGCACUCAGAUGGUUAUGGUUGGCUUAUCUAUAUAGAUUUAUAAGUGUAGUUGUUAAUUCACCAGUUUUAAAAACUUGUAAACUUCAACGAAGGAACCUCACAUUUAAGGAACCACUUUGUUUGACUCAUUAGAUACACUGCCAUUGAUGGAAUGUUCAUUCAUGACAACCUGUGAGUGGCCACACAACUGACGGGGGGAUAUGUGAAGAAUAUUACACACUGCAAAACAUCAGUUUCAAAUCUUUUAGACAUACGGUUUUUGCAGUAGUUACUCAUUUAGAUUUUUGUGGUAAAUUAUUUUUUAAACAUAUUUUCCCCUAGUGUAUGAAAAAUGCAAUAGGCCAAGCCAGUUGCGUAGUCAUUUGUGGGUAAAUAUGAAUACAUAGUAUUUAUGCUCUUCACAUUGAGCUUUGAUGGAUCAUGUGGUACUCUGAACUCCAAAUUCGUAAGUACCUAGCAAGGAUUAGCAGCAUCUCCAUAUGGUGCUGUAAUGAAUUCAAAUGACAUUACUGACCCUGCAGUUGACAGAAGAAAACUUGGACCUGUGUCAGUGAUGGCAAGUAUGAGGUGUGAGAAUUAGCAUAGUCUACCAGUGGUCUAGGCUCAGAUCGCAAGCAGCAGCAGCAACUGGUAAGAACUCUCUUAGAUGGACUCUUAAACUCCAUAAAGAGGAUCAUAAGGGAACCAAGUGAGCCUUAAGAUAUAUAUAUACAUAUAUAUAUAUUGAAGAUGAAGUUGGACUUCGUUGUUAUUGUAAGUUAUUGUAAAUCUGUUUUUUGCUUCUUAGGCUUGUGCAGUUUGUAAUCAUUAAUGCUUGGACUUUUUUUCCCCUUUGGGAAGUGUGUUGUGAAUGUGCCAUAGAUAAUUUGCUGACAAAAUAGUCCCAACCCAUCAUUUAAAGCUUGAAGAAAAUGAUAAAUUUUAAUUUUCCUUCACUUUAGGAGCACUGUGCACAGAUUGUCUUGUAAGUUCCAAGUUUGAUAAGUUUCCUCUGAAGGAACCAGAGCACCAUCUUUCUGGAGGUUGGCAAAAUGUGUCCAUGUAAAAGACUGUCAGUUUCACCCUUACAGUGAAAGAGAUGUUCUGGAUCUUGGGCUUGCAGAUCACUGGAAACAAAUAGUAAUCCCAAACUUGACUUUCGCUGGCAGGUACGAUUAAAGUUGAGUGAAUGAAUUUGUUGUUUUUAUUUUUUUUCUUCUCUUUUUUCCCCCCUACUGUUUAUUUCUUUUAUUGUCUUCUUGUUAUUCAUGUGUGUAUUCACUUGCAAGUUUUGUUUCACUUUGACUAUCUGAAAUAUUCAAAUCAGGCUCUCUGUGUAAAAGGUUUGGAAGUGUAAGAACAUUUGCAUGAUUUUGUAUUAAGAUGUGUGUGGUUGUCUCAGUGCCUGAAUGUGUCCUUGAAAGACUUGCUUAUUAUCAUAGGUAAGUAGAAGACAGCAAGAAGAAUAUAUUUGACAUACAAUGCAACCAAUGUAAGAAAGGGAAGUUUCUUUUUAUUCAGACUGAUUAAAGUUUAAACAUAAUCCACUGUUGUCUUUGAGAGUGGAUGGUACAAAUAACUCUUAGAUAUCUGAUUUUAUAACUUGACUUUGUCUUCUCUGAGAAACAGAACCUAAUAUGCAUGAGCAGUGUUUAUUCGUAUCUUCCAGCGACAUGCAGGCAGCAAAUUUAUUUCCUUGAUGAAAGUCUUGCGCCUGUAGAUAUUUGAAGGAAUUUGCCACCCACACACCCACAUACACUAAUACACAUUUAUGAUAAUGAUUUAAAAUUAAUUGCUGGUUUACUAUUUCAACCCCACCUUUUUAUGUAGCAUGUUAAAGAAAGUUUUGGGUAUUCAUUAAGUGUACCUCAAUCAUUUGUUUCAUGUAAAGAAAGAGUAGUCAGUCUUGUCUGUUACCAGUGAUCAAUCCCAUUAAAUCUGUUUAAUCAAGUUUCAUUUCUGUAGUUAGAUUUUUUCUUUCUUUCAUUUUUGUGUUUUGUAUGCAGCGUUUUGAGGUCUGUUGAGAAAGAAUCAAAAUUACAUUUCAUAAUCACUUUACUGGUAUUUGUGUUAUACUUCAUUCAUUUUAUUUAUUUAUUCCAUAGUUGUAUAAAGUAUGAUUCGAGACCAUCUACUCUUUCUUGACUUUUUUUUCUGGUGAUCAGCAGUUGUAGCCUUCAGAAGUGAUUCAUCAAGCCUUUUUUUCCUCCAGUGACAAGUUUUGAAUAUAGAAUUACUCUGUUAAGCUUAAUGGGAAAAAAAUCUAUUAUGGCACUUUUUUACGCUGGCAACACCAAAGGAAAACACACCUGAGGAUUGAAAGAGUCUUCCUGGUGGUUUAAUACUUCCUUCUCAUCCACUGGCUUCUUCACCACACUGUCAGCAAAUACACAACUUCAGCUAAUGUUUUUUCAGAGGUUGUUUCUGAUUUCUGCCCAACAAACACCACAUCCGGUCACAGUGGGUAUGUGGGGGGAAAAAAAAAAUCUUUUUAAUCCAAUGGAUGGAU